AUGUUUCGGUUUACGUGCGUUUCCGCGUUUCAGAUCAUGAACAAGCUGGGAGUGGGUGAAAGCUGGCGCUUUGUUGACGUGCUUGGGCUGGAGGGUGAGCAACUGUCCGCCGUCCCAAAACCAUGCUGUGCUUUGAUGCUGCUCUUCCCCCUUACGCAACAGCAUGAGUCUUUCAGAGCAAAACAGCAGGACAAGGUUGCAGGAGGCUCAGACGUUUACUUCCUGAAGCAGACGGCAAGCAAUUCUUGUGGCACCAUUGCCCUGGUGCAUGCUGUAGGCAACAAUAAAAACAAAAUGACUUUUGAUAGUGGCUCUGCCUUGAAGAAAUUUCUAGAUGAAACUGCAAACAUGUCUGCUGCUGAUCGUGCAAAACAUUUGGAAAAAAACAAGGCAAUCUUGGAGGCUCACAAUGAGGUUGCUGCACAGGGACAAUGUCGGCCAGAAGCUGACAAAGUCAACUUCCACUUCAUUGCUUUUGUCAACAUUGAUGGGGAGCUUUACGAGUUUGAUGGGAAACUGAAUGGACCCAUGAAACAUGGACCUACCAAGGAUGACUCCUUUGUAAUGGAUGCAGCCAAAGUAUGCCGCGGAUUCAUGGAAAGAGAGGAAGGAGAAGUCCGUUUCUCAGCGGUAGCUCUUUGUCAGAGUUAGAUGUUCCCAAUGCCAAGUCUGGCAGAUUGUUAACCAAAAUGUUCUGGAACACUCACAUGGCAAACACAAUCAACAGGUACCCACACUGAUUUGUGUGCACAUACAUCUGCAGACACUAUGCACUAUGAAGGAUGUUGUUGUCACAUGUUGCUUUUACAACUUAUGAACAAUGCAUUCUUAAACAUUAGCACAUACAAACACCAAUCAAAGCCUUUAGCUUUUCCAACUCUAGCUGAUAAAAGCCUGUCCAAACUGUUCUGUGAUUUCCACAUUCAGCUGUGAAACGGUAAAACACAAGCUUAGACCUCACCCCUGCAUGCAUUUUUUUUUUUUUUUUUGUGUUCCUUGUAUACUAGUGCAUCUGUGACACCUAAGAUUAUUCAGUUACCUUUUUGUGCCAAGAGAGGACAGGAGAAAACCUGUUUUCAUGAACCUCCAAUACCCAUCUGUUUCUGGGCAUAGCUUCAGCUGCUGUUUUGGUUUACAAAGAUUUAACAUUCCUCCAAACGGCCCAAAUUCAUUUGUAGGAAAGACUGAACAAUUUCUCAGAAACUAGACAUUUCUCUGGGAAACUGAGUUUUCCUUUGACAAGUUCUACAGGAUGGUUCACUUCGGUACUAGCUUCCAUUGUCCAAAUAGUCAGAAGCUAAAAAUGUUCAUGUCUCCUUCUAAUGUGCACAGGUUAUUCAAAACUUGCAGUUAAAGGGUCCGUGCUACAGAAAAUGCUUAUGUAUGUUGGUUUGUGUCAUGGGGGGUGAGUUGUACAUCUAGCUCUAUUAAAAUUCUGCACUUUCCAAAUCCUAUGUUGCUGUAGUAUGGCUGUGGGAAUUUAAUAAAGCGAACAUGAAACAAGUGUACUAGAGUAUUGCAAGUCCAUAUGGGGAAACCUUUAUCUGCAUUGUCCUGUCCCUCCUUCCUUUUUUAAAUCUGAAGUUUUUUAGUUUUUUUUUCCUUCCCCCUUCAUCUCCAAAUAUUCUAGUAUCUCUUUUACAUUUUUGACUCCAGGUCAUUACAUUGUGACACCCAGAACAAAGUUUUGCUGAUGAAGUGUUUUGUCCCCAGGCCCUCAGCUUGUGACUUAUCCUCAGAGCUUGGUUGCUAUUGUAUAUUAUAGUGACCACUACAGUGGAACUUUUGGUGAAAUUAUGAUAAAAGAGAGAACCAAAGAAUGUUGUCACGAUAACAGUUUGUAUAGUUCCUUUCAGAGAUGCAGAUUAAUGCUGAAGUCCUUAUCUGAACUGAGUAUACUGCAAACAAAGGGCCUGGGUCAUGCUGUGGCGCAGCUAUUCUUUUGCUCUAAUGGCUUCUAUGUUCUGAUAAACUGCUAUUCUUAUAAAUUUAGGAUGUUAUAAAAAUUUGAAGAGUGGAAAAAAAUGUUAAUGAUUUAAACCACAAAGAUGCUGGAGCCUAAUAUAGGGAACAAAGAGGGCAAUCUAUGACACAGUUUGAUAAUGAUUUUAUAUGUACAUGUGUGCAACCAACUCCAGCACAGAUUAUCAAAAGAUGUCAAAAAUCUGGAGACAGCUGUGGGACGUCACACACCAGAGUCCACUGGC